AUGUUGAGCAACGUUUUUUAUGCAUCAUCAGAUUUACCGGUACCUGUAAGCAUUCCGAAUGACGCUCCUUCGCCACUUACUUGCAUAUCUUCUGCCGAGCCUGGCUUGAUUAUCUUCCUUCCACAGCAGAUCACAUUGCCCUGUGGUGGCUUGCCCAAAUUAGACUUUGGCACUUAUUGCAGCCUUUUUGACCGCGACUCUUCCCUUGAUUACAAUUGCUUCGAACAACUUCUCAGCCGUUCGCGCACAAGGCCUCCAUUGCCUUUGUCAUCUACACCAUUGGCAUCCUCUUUUUGUGCCCCAACCAGCCGACCUCUGGCUCUCUUGCAUCAGCUACUCGUUACUGCAACAGCCUUCCACUACACUCCGCCUCCCGCCUCGAUCAAUGACAGGAAAUCAUUCCCAUCUUUGUCAAAUUCAUCCAUUGGCAAUGUUGGGAUGAAAUGGGUUAAUGACUUGAAACGUAGACGAAUGGCUGCAUCCUCUUUUCGAGGCUUCAGAUCUAUAACCCAGGGCGACGUGGAACUGGCUGAAGAAAGGAGUUUAGAGAUUAUGCAAGAGGAGGGAGAUGAUGCAGCUAUAAGUGGCCAUAGCAAUUAUUUGGUCAGACCCCAAUGUACCUAUGCUACCGCUGAUGUAAUAUUUGCUUCCUCUAAAACUUCUCGACUUUCAAAUAUUUUUCAUUCUAUAUCAACCCUAUUCUGCGGUCCUCAUGAAUCACGCCCUCCUCUGUGGCCAGCUACAUCUAUGCUUAGAGCUACCCAACUCCUUGUUGAAUUUCGACUGAUAUCUUAUGCUGAAUCUAUAGACCUCGAAAAACAGCCUCUGCCUCGUGCUAUUUUUUAUCCAUUUACAGCGGUAGCGGAACAAAUGUCACCUGGAGAACGUCAGCGCCUUCUUUUGGCUGCAGUGUGCUUACGGCGUCCAACACUCGUCUUUCUUGACGAAGCGACUAGCCAGUUGAGUGAGGAAGACGAAGCACAAGCUUACUCCAGCCUUGCUAAGUAUGGAGUUAGGAGUUUA